UUGAAAACGUUGGGAAGUGUUGCGAUUUGAAGAAAUCUGUUAAAAAUAUAUGUUUAUAUCUAUUGUUCAAAGAGCAAAAUGUUUGAGCCGGCUAUUGUUAAGUUAGUUUAUACGUGUAUUAUUGUUGGCUCCAUGGCUACAGAGUUUGAAAAAGUGUUCGAAUGGAAACAACUGUCCCAUGCCAAGUUUCUGGAUUCUAAAAAAGCAAGUGAUGGUAUUCUCUUUCCGAAACUAUUGGGAGAUGCAGAGAAUGAUAUAUUUCAGGCCUACAAUAACGUCCCGAUGGGUGCAACGCAUCAUAAGAACCGAGUGUUCAUAAGCAUUCCGCGCCGGCGUCCGGGAGUUCCUGCUACGCUUAACGUGAUCGACCUGUCGAAAGUUGCUAAAGGUGACCGAAGUCCUGCGUUGUCCGCAUAUCCUUCCUACCUCACCAAUGCCCUAGAGCCCGGCUUUGAAGCAAAUCUAGAUCGUCUCGUGUCGGUAUACCGCACAAGGGUUGAUGCUUGCGAAAGAUUGUGGUUCGUGGAUACCGGAAUGGUAACAUAUCCUGGUAAAGAACUGCAGGUGCAACGUCCUCAGCUGUGGAUUAUCGAUUUGAAGCUCGAUAAGCUGGUUCAUCGUUAUACCAUUCCGGAAUCAAUCGUAGCCGAAGGUGUCGGAAUGGCCAGCCUGACGGUGGAUGUGGAACAGUCCAAUUGCAGCGCAGCGUUUGCCUACAUUCCGGAUCUGAUUGCAAAUGCCAUCUACGUGUACAGUCUCCAGGACGACGAUAUGUGGUCGUAUAAGCAUUCGUCCUUUGCAUACGACCGUGCACGUGCCAAUUUCCACGUUGCUGGCCAUCGCUUCGAGUGGGACGAUGGAGUGUUUUCGAUAGCAGUUGGCCCGUACGACCCAGCGACCAGGUCGAAGCUCAUCUACUAUCAUCCGAUGGUUAGUACGACCGAAUUUGGUACAACUGCGAGUGUAUUGCAGAAUAAAUCGAUCGCGUUGUCGAACAACUACGAAGGGCUAUUCCGGCCGCUGGGUGACCGAGGCCCCAACACGCAAUCCACUAUGCAUCAUUACGAUUCGUUGACUGGAGUGAUGUUCUAUGCGGAGGUGAACCGGAAUUCGAUUGGUUGCUGGAACACGUCUCAAGGUUAUGGAGCCGAUAACUACGCGGUGGUGCAUUUGGACAAUCGGGAACUGAUCUAUCCUAGUGAUUUGAACAGCGAUGCCAACGGAACAUUGUGGGUGUUAACAAACAGAUUUCCCGUCUGGCUUUACUCUCGAUUGAACGAAAGUGAAUACAAUUUCCGUCUUUGGCGACAGAACUCAUCUGUCGCGAUUCAGGGCACUAAAUGUGAAAAUUAAGCACAGUGUAGUUACUAAAAAGGGUUGGAAAGAUUCGGCUUAUUCAGGAUCAUUACAGGAUUGGUUUCUCAUGGUUAUAAAGGGUUUUAUUUCCUUGAUUUAUGGAAUGGGAAGGGUUCUUAUAUGCGUUUAGUUAAUAAUGAAACAAGGCCGUAGUUCGGAAAACCAACACUAAUAAAAUA